GAGAAGCCUUAUCGUGUGCCAUAGCAGCAUUUCCCCCAUUUUCCCUUUUCCCUCUCUUUCUUUUCCCUCUCUCUCUCUCUCUCUCUCUUUCAUUCCGUAGCAUUACAGCGAUAUUCGAUCAAUUGAUUCGAAAAUUUCCUUCUGAGAUCCUCAUAUCGAUCCCCUUUGCAGAUGGAGAAAACCCUAGAACCAUUUUUAAGUAUUCCAAUCAGAGCCCUAAUAAAUUCGAGGUGUUGAUUGAACUAGGGUUCUUGGGGCGGAGAUGGAGGGCCUCAUGUUUUCCUCCCCCAUGAUCAUUUCUCCAGUUGAUGUGGAACCUCGUAUGGAGGAUGUUGAUGAAAUGAUAGAAAAUUCAGUUGCACGGGAACUAUUUGCUUGUGAAGGAGAAGUCUUUGAACCAUAUGAAGGUAUGGAAUUUGACUCCGAAGAGGCUGCUAGGGCAUUUUACAAUGCAUAUGCUGCUCAGGUUGGUUUUAAAGUACGUGUCAGUUCAUUCAUUCGAUCAAAACGUGACAAAACAAUUAUCUCUAGGCAACUUGUCUGUUCUAGAGAAGGUUUUCGUUCAGCUAAAGAGUCAAAUGAAGAAGGAAAAUGUAAGCGUCCUCGAAUGAUAACCAGGGUGGGAUGUAGAGCUAUGAUUAUGGUGAAGAAGCAAAUUUCUGGGAAAUGGAUAGUUUCCAAAUGUGAGAAAAUUCAUAAUCAUUUACUUGGGACACAGGGGAAAGUAGUAAUGCUGGGUUUUGAUCCCUAUGCACGUGAAGGUGAAGUGAUUGAAAACCCUAUACCACGGGAUUCCAAUUUUUACAACAGAAUGAUGGAUAAUCCUCUUGAAAUGGUAAUUGUUCCACCUGAAGGGGAACCAGAUCUUGAGCCACAUGAAGGUAUGGAAUUCGAGUCUGAACAGGAAGCACAAACAUUCUACAAGGAAUAUGCUAAGCGUGUUGGAUUCAGAGCACGUGUUAGUUCUUAUUACCGAUCAAAGCGUGACAAUUCCAUUAUUUCGCGGUUGAUUGUAUGUUCUAAAGAAGGUUUUCGUGCAAAGAAAGAUGAAAGCGGCAAAGAUAAACUUCAACGGCCAAGAGCCAUUACAAGAAUUGGUUGCAAGGCUAUGAUUAUGGUGAAAAGGAGAGAUUCAGGAAAGUGGAUUGUUUCAAAACUAAUAAAAAACCAUAAUCAUUUACUGAUUCCAAGGACAGAGUCGGGUGAUGAGCAUUCUGAAGCUGAGGAUCAUGAGAUGGUCGAGACAGAGAAUGCAUUAGUUGUUCAGGGAGAUUCUAUUUCAGAACCAUAUGAAGGCUUGGAAUUUGAAUCUGAAGAGGCUGCAAAAGUAUUUUACUUAGCUUACUCUAGACGAGUAGGCUUCAACAUGCGUGUUAGUACAUAUUAUCGCUCAAAACGUGACAAGUCUAUCAUAUCUCGGCUGUUCGUAUGUUCUAAAGAGGGAUACUAUGUGAAGAAAGAUGCAGCUGCUGAAGGUAAGACUAAAAGACCUCGUGAAGCUACAAGAGUAGGCUGUAAAGCCAUGCUAAUGGUAAAGAAAAGUAAUUCCGGGAAAUGGGUUGUCUCUAAAUUUGAGAAGGAACACAAUCAUGCACUUGGAUCGAUGAGGAAAAAGAGGCGUUUACAGAAACGAAACUUUUUUUCUGGUAAUAUGAAGAAAUUAAAGGACAAGACUGAACUACAGCAUACUGAUUUGGAAUCUGCAACUUCACGAUACAACAGCCUUUGUCGUGAAGCCAUCAAGUAUGCAGAAGUCGGAGCAACAUCUGCGGACUCUUACAAUGUUGCACUGCAUGCUCUACGUGAGGCUGCUAGAAAGGUUGUAGCUAUUAAAAAAAGUGUUGGAGCUGAUCAGAAACUUGGUGGUGGUUCUAGUAAUGUGGAGGAAAAUGUUAAUACAGGCCUUCAGGUCCGUGCUGCAAUUCAUCAGAAUUUCAACAUGAGCACACAUCCGUCAAAUCCUCAACCAAAGCUAAGCUACGAAAGGCCUUCUCAAAAGUUAAGAAUGUGCAACACAUGCAAGCAACCUAGCAAUCAUACUGGUUGGACUUGUCCAACUGGGCAGGUAAGCAGAGUUUCUACAGAACCAGCAGAUACUCCAAUGAGCCAAUCAAUGAGUUAACUGACAGGUGUCUGUUGCUCUUGGCACAAUGUAUUAUAGAGCCUUACUGAUGGGAUAUUACAUGGAAGCCAAUUCAGUCAUGGAUUGAUACGUCGAUGUCAAAGGCUAUGUUCGAUGCUUAUUGUAGCAUACGGAGCAUUUUGUACAGUUAUAUGAAGGUUGCUAAUAAACGAAGGGAUAAUUUCAGGUUCGAUGUAGCAGUGUUGAAUGUUGGAUCUGGUAUAAGGAAAAGUUGUUGCAUGGUUCCCGUCAGUAACUAUAGAUCUGUACUAUGGACCCUUGGUCAGUGAUAGCAGAAGCGAAACAAAGCGAAGUAACAGGCAUAAGUGUGGUUAACAGUCUGAUCCUUUUUUAACCGCCUUGUCUCUUGUGUUUAUUCUCUCUUUCGGUGCAAAAUAAAUGCAUUUCCCCUCUUCAUGGAAUCUGAAUGAAGCAGGGUUUUAUUAACGCUUUACCUGCCUGUAUUUUACAGUUGGGAGAGGGUGCAGCGGGGUAGAGUGACAAUCCUAUCAGAACACCCCACUAUAGGGGGUGAUCUGAAACUUACAAUGGGACUAAAGGGGGGCAUUUUGGUUAUUUAAAUUGGCCCAGAUCCUCCUACGCUGUGCGGGAGGUUUCGAUAGGAUUGGUGCUCAGCGGGGUAGAUGGCUUUUAAAGUUUGUCAGUAUGUGCAGCAAAGACAUCAUCAUCCUGGUCCGUGCCUUGUUGCGUUGGCUUGGAUUCAAUAUCAACUCUAUAUUAUACUGUUAGCAAGUUAAGGAAAUGAUGCUCGUAAGGUCAUCAAUGAGAGAAGAGCUAUUUCCAUUUUCCCAAGAGACCGCUCGCCUUUCAUCCAAUUCAAUUCAUGGGCGAGAAUUGGGAAACAGUAGACAGAGAACAUCAGUUGGGUUGGUAGGGCCUCUUUUAGACUUGUUCACCGUUACGAGUUCAUAAAAUAGUUACUAGUAUGGGUGUCGCUGCUACUGAUGUUGCUGCUAAUUUUCCUCCCGUUUGAGUUGAAAAUGGAUAAAGAUAUAGGCUGGCAAAUAAAUUAUGAAUCAACUCCGCCAUUGAUAGCUUCACAUGGCCUCCUAUCCAUUGUUGGAAAGAAUAAUGUCCCCUGGCCUCAAUUGGAUGGCCCUCUCCAAGCUCUUUUUAGUCCUGCUGGCUAGUCCAGUUUAAAUAGUCUUUUUCCUCCUAUCAAUUGCUUUUUACCCGUUUUUGGCAUGGUAAUUUUGGUGGUCUUGUUCGUGAUUAUGAAAGAACCUGCACAUCUUUCAGCUUUAUUUGUUACGAGUGUGUUACUUAAUUUAUUUUAAGCCUG